UCAACACCGAAUACAUUCAAUCGAAGCAACCAUACCUUUGAAAAUAAUUAGUCACCGGCACACCUAUUAAAGUUAAAGUCAACAAAAUGAUGGUGAAAGGCAUUCCCGUGUUGGUCCUGGUUGGACUUUCACUUUUGACACUUGGAGGACUCCUACACAUAAUUGGGAUAGCAUCUCCCUAUUGGACAACUAUUUCAUUUUCCACUUUGCAAACCCAAGACAACAAUGGAGGCCACCAUGGCCUGUGGUUGGAGUGCAGCAUUGUGUCAUUAUUACAAACCGUCGACUGUACAGAACACAAAGAUGUCCAAGGGUUUGUUGUAGCCACUCGGGCACUGACCAUCCUGUCGUUGUUGCUAGGCAUCCUCUGUAUCCUGGUUACUGGUCUGUGGUUUGUGCUGAAGAUCCAGACUCAUCAGCUGAUAUUGAUGAUCUCGUCUCUCGGAACAGGAUUUCUAUGCGGUUUGUUUAGUCUUAUAGCCAUCAUAGUUUAUGCAGCAGAGGUAAAAAGCAAAGAAAAUGCAGUCAACAAAGUUUCUAUGAGUUUUCGAUACAGCUACACGCUGGGAUGGAGCUUUGCAUUGUGCACUGUGGCCUCAGUGUUGGCAGUGAUUGCAGUGGUCCUCAUAGCAGUUGGGAUAAGGAUGAUGAAACGAUAGUUUUGUGUAGCUAACAGCCUACAGAUCAUAGUGUUGUGUAGCCAUGGAGAUCUGUUGUACAAACCAUGCCAUGUACUGCCAAGGCCAGUAUCAACAAAGCUCAAUAAUAACAGCUUUAGUCAGAAAUAAAAAUAUCUUUAGUCUUCAACUUGUUUAACCCAUUAUUUAAACAAGUUUUUUAUGUUUAUUGAUAGAACUUUACACACAAUCAAUUGUUGUUUCACCACAUUUAACUUUUUAAUAACUUGUUAUGCCCCUUUUAAGAAGGCAGCAUAUAGCUCCUUAUGAAUGCCCAGAUGUCCUUUCCCAAAAUUCUUGUUUCAGCCAUAAUUAUUUAUAAAAUAACAUGGGAGGUCACAGGUUCGAUCCCCACUCGGGGAGCGUUCUCUUGUUCUCCCCCAAAGACACCAAGUACUGGUUAUAGGCCCUAGGGGAGCGUUCUCUUGUUCUCCCCCAAAGACACCAAGUACUGGUUAUAGGCCCAGGAAACCGACUCGAGAGCAUUUCUAUAAGCCUAAAGCUUUCAAUGCAAUGGCAGCUAAAAUAAAUAGUUUUAAAUUAAACUAAAUAAUUGAAUAAUAAUUUAACAAUAAUGAUUACCACGAGAGUAUUUAUUAUCUCAUUAUCACUUGUGGCCAUACCUCAAAGGUCAAGGGCACACUAAGGGGUCAAAAGUCAAAUAAAGCCAUUAAACAGCUUGAUAAAGUUUGGAGACUAAUGUUGCAUUUUGAGGCAUCAAUGCUUUAUGAAAACAUCAUGUUUUUUAAUUGAAAUAAGAAAUUGAGACCUAAAGUUUUUACAUAUAUUUAUAUAAAGAUUUUUAAAUGAGCUUUGUUGAUAAGGUUUUAGUUUAACAGGUGUGUUGUAAAAAAGUCAUUAUAUUGGAUAUAAAAUUUGACUGUCUAGUGCAAUAAGAUGUCUAAAGCUGUUAUGUCAAUUAUACACUGCAAAUAGUAUUUUUAGAAAUUGAUUUUUAACCUUUAUUUUUCCUUAUGUCAAAAUUUAUGUGUGUAACAUCUGGUGCUAAUUUUGAAAAUUAAAACUUUAACAGUUUUGAAAAUUUACAACCUGCACAAUAUAUAUACAUUCCAUUAAAAAAAUGAUGAGGUCAGGAUUUUUAGCUCGACUAUUUUAUAUAAAAUAUAUAUAGUGGAGCUAACCUACUCACCCCGGCGUUAGCAUUAGCGUUGGCGUGCAAAUGUUAAAGUUUGCGUACUACCCCAAAUAUUUUCAAUGACCCUUGACAUAUUGCUUUCAUAUUUUGCAUACUUCUUAACCAACAUGACCCCAACCUAUAAACAAGAGCAGACAACUCUAUCAAGCAUUUUGUAAUAAUUAUGGCCCCUUUUCCACUUAGAAUAUGCAGCAGAUGUUAAAGUGUGCGUACUACCCCAACUAUUUUCAAUGUCCCUUGAUAUAUUGCUUUCAUAUUUUGCAUACUUCUUUACCAACAUGACCCCAACCUAUACACAAGAGCAGACAACUCUAUCAAGCAUUUUGUAAUAAUUAUGGCCCCUUUUCUACUUAGAAUAUGAAUAUUAUUGAUAAAUCAAUGUUAAAGUUUGCGUACCACCUCAUAUAUUUUCAAUGUCCCUUGACAUAUUGCUUUCAUAUUUUGCAAACGUCUUUACCAACAUGACCCCAAUCUAUAAACAAGAGCAGACAACUGUUUCAAGCAUUUUGUAAUAAUUAUGGCCCUUUUUCCAUUUUAAUAUGCAUAUUACUUUAGUUACAUUGCCUUAACUUCUUUAUUUAUGAUCAGAUUUUAUUAAUACUUCAAUCAACACUUACCUGAAUACCACAAUGGAUUCCACCCAAACAAUACCCCACGUACCAACCCAGAAUCCCUGCCCCCCCCCCUUCCCCCCACAUUUUUUUUCCUUUUUUUAUUUUUGAAAGAUCAUCUAAUAAAUGACCACACCCCACAAUAUACCCCCCCUCUCAACCCUCCCCUCCCCAAAAAAAUAAAAUAAAAGAAUUGUUUUCCCCUUUUUUUAAUUUUGAAAGAUCGUCUAUUAAAUGAUUGAAUAUGAACAAUUUCCCCAUGACGGCUUACGUUAAACUGUCAAACACUCGAAUAGUGGAGCGCGCUGUCCUCUGACAGCUCUUGUUAUAUACCCAAUUAAGUAUUAUUAAUUGUAUUUGGGUGCUUGAUUUUACAAAAAAUCAAUUAACAAAAUCCAAACCAGCAAAAUCAUUUAUAAACAGGAAGUUUAAUUGAAUCCGUCUCUAAGAUCAUGUUUUUUGUACACAGACUAAAAUAUAUCUGAAAUUACUUUCAUUAAUGAUGAUUUUUCUAAAAGAAAACCACCCAUAUAUUUCAUUGAUCAUUCAUUAUGCCCCCUUGAAAGAAGUUGGGCCAUAUCGCUUUGUCAGUUGGUCUGUACUCCAAUGACUUUUAAUAAUUUCAAAUCAUGAGACUUCUGGUCAAUGCCAAUGGAUCAUAUUUAAUGCAAGUCAGGAAACAUACAGUCAUGUUUUACAAACAUAUUUAAAAAUAGGUCUUGGUAUCAGGGACAUGCAUUAAUUGAUUACAGCCUUAUAUAUAGCUUACUGCUUUAAAGGUUUUUUAUUUAGCAUUGUUCCUUUUUAUGCCGCCGGAAGGGUGGCAUAUAGCAUUUGAACUGUCUGUCCAUCCGUCUGUCUGUUCGUCCGUCGGAAAACUUUAACUUUUGAAAUACUGAAGAUAGCAACUUGAUAUUUGGCAUGCAUGUGUAUCUCAUGGAGCUGCACAUUUUGAGUGGUAAAAGGUCAAGGCAUCAUUCAAUGUUAAAGUUAAAAAAAACAAUUUCAUGGGAAGUAACAAGCUUUAAAGGGAGAUAAUUUAUAUUCAUCAUUUGGCAGGUGUAAAAAUUAUCUGUACCUGCCAAAUGAUAAAAAACAACAACACAUAAAUUAAAGCGGCACAGUAGGGGGCAUUGUGUUUCUGACAAACACAUCUCUUGUUUUAUCUAGUACAUCAUUAAGCAUGAAUCAAAACAAAAUAUUAAUUCUUAUAAAUAUAUUGUACAAUAAAUAGGCAAAUUAUAAAUAUGUUCAAUAUUGUUUGCUUUUUAUCAAAAUCAGGUUUAACAAGUAUCAUUCUUCGUCUUCCGUAGUUUUUUUGUUACAAACAAACUUAAGUUAGAGCUUGUAUUUAGAAAAUUUAAGAAGUAAAGUAUUUAAUUGUAUGAUUAUCAUAUAAUAUUGUUAAUGACUAGAAUUAUAGCCUGUAAGAUUCAAUAAAUUGCCUUUUUAAUAUUUAAGCAUGUUAUUAUUUUAAUGUUUGUAGUGUAUACAGUUCAACAAGAGCACUCCUUUUGUUAGGAACAGAUUGUCACUAUGGUAACUGCUUUUUAAGCUUUGCAAAUACUGUUAAAAUGGCAUGCACUCUGUUGUAGUAAUAAUUGUAUGGUUGCUGUUAUCUUGUUAUUGUUGGUACUCAAGUCUUGUUUCUCAGGGCAUUACUGUAGCAGGGUUCCCAGCCUACGUGGAAAUCAGGGCAAACCUGGAAAAAUACUUUCACUUUUUCCAGUCAUGUUAGAACCUCUUUGAACAUGGUUGUGAUGAUUUUGCUGUAUUUGAUAAAUAUUAUUAUAGGGUCUCUCUUUAAGGUUUUGUACAUUAUUUUGCUAAUAAAAUGUGUAAUGUAAUAAAAUGAAGUUUAAUUCAACUUGUUGCCUGAAGGCUACGAACCCAUGUGUACAUUGAAAAUAUUGACAUAUAUAGACAAAAAAGGAUAUUGCACUUGCAGGGUUGCCACUUAACUUGAAAAGUCAGGGAAAUUUGAGUUUUUUUCAAGGUCAGUGAAAAGUCAGGGAAUUUAAAAAAAAUGGUCAGUCAGGGAAUUUGGGAACAGUUCCUGAAAUCAGGGAAAAAUCAGGGGAUUUUGUUUGGUCUGACUUUCCCGACUUGUGUUGAGAAGUCCAUACAAUUAAAACAGCAAAUCGAUUCCUUUGCAUGGCUAUGGUUGCUUUGUAGUAUACAUGUAGCUAAGUUUUGUCUGCAACAAGAAAUAGGUCGAAAUUAUGAUCCUGGAACUUUUAUUUUCCAUUGGGGGAAAAUCAGGGAAUUUUGUUAAUACAAAAAGCUGUGAACCCUGUGUAGGAAAUUCUUGUCAGAAUGAAAUUGACUAAAUUGUGAUUGGUUGUAAAAUUGUCAGUCAUGUUUUAUUAAUGGACUUUGGCCAAAAUUAGGGUUUUUUUUAACUUCAAAAUUAAAUUGGGUUUAUUGAUAAUUAUCAUAGAAGAUAGAAAUGUUGUUUGUUUAAACUUUGUCAAAAUUUCCAGAUAAAAAGCAAUCUUAUAUAUUAUGUUCUUUGUUCAUUGAUAAUCAAAAUGUGAGCCUGCAAGAACCAGGUGGUGCUUGUGUGAUCAUACAGGACAUUUCCUAGUGAAUUGUGAUGUUUUGAAACGAGAAAAGAGAAAGCUUUAGCUUUUUGAAUCUGUAUUUAUUUGUAUUCUCAUUGAUUUUUCAUGAGUAAUUUCCAAACCCAACAUUCAACAUGUUUAUUUGGCAUGUACAUAUGUAAAAUAAAAUGAAUAAUGUGAUAAGGUUUACAUGUUUAUAAAAAAAAUACCAAACUGUGUCUCACUUUCAAACAAGUGUAGUUGAUUUUUUCAGAUUUCAAUGCCAUUUUUGAUUGUGAUUUUAUUUUUAUUUGUGAGGUUUGUUUAUUGAAUUCUGGUCAUGAAUCUCAUUAUGUUCUCAAAUCUGUUUGCUUAGUUGUUUCAUUAACGUUUUACCAAGGAAUUUAUUUUGUUUCUGUCUGCUUUUAACUGGCAUUAUUUAUAUGUUUUAAUUUUUCUAAUGUAUUGCUAUAUUUUCAGGAUUUAAGAAAAGUUGCCAUGACUGUAAACAAUUAAUCAGAGCAUAUACAUGUAUAUCCUGAGCUACUGUUUCCACUUGGAUUACUAGUAAUUAAAUUUUGUGUACAUUUGUUUUAAAACUUUCCAAAAAAGAGAUCACAUGCAUUUGGAAAUGUUGCUCUUUAGGUCAGUACUUUUAUGUGCCCGGAUGGAAUGAUCGGGGGUAUAUUGUUUUUGGCCUGUCUGUCUGUCAGUCAUUCAUUCAUUCAUUCAUUGUGUGUGUCCCAAAACUUUAACCUUGGUCAUAACUUUUGCAAUAUUGAAGAUAGCAACUUGAUAUUUGGCAUGCAUGUGUAUCUCAUGGAGCUGCACAUUUUUAGUGGUGAAAGGUCAAGGUCAUUCUUUAAGGUCAAAGGUCAAAUAUAUGGCUUCAAAGUGGCACAAUAGGGGGCAUUGUGUUUCAGACAAACACAUCUCUUGUUUCAAUAACUUUGAUUAACUGUAUGUUGCUUAGUAAGAUUUUAUUAUGAUGUGUAUUUACAUUAAAUUAAAAAACAUUACUAGGCUGUUUAUUAGAUUUAAUAUGAAAAUCGCAAAUUGAUUACUAUUUGUUUUAGAGCAGUUUAAAAACUUAAAUAUUUUGUUAUUUUAUUAUCAAACUAAUGGGUCCAAUUACUGUUUUACGUGCCAUUUUACAACUUACAUGCUUAUAAAUAUAAAUUUAUACAAUGAAAUGAGUUAUAUUGAUUUAGCAUAAAUUUGCCAUCAAUGGUUUUGGUUUUGGCUCCGUUUGAUUAUUGUUUUUGAUGUGUAUUGACCUAUAUCCUCUUAAAUUAUGUAAACAUUAUUGGUCUGAUUUUAGACAUGUUUUCAAAAUAUUUCUUUGCCACUUUUAUGGUUUCUUCAACUUGAACAUGCAUUUUGUAAACAGUAUUUUUAUGUGUUCUUAUAUUAUGUGUUAACCUUUUUAUGUACAAUAUACUAGUAUUAAAAUAUAUUACUUGGCAUAAACUGUA